CUAUCCAGAAUAUCAUUGGAUUCCCCCAUGGAGGAGGAUGAUGAAGACUAUGAGGUGAUUGAAAAUGACGAAGUGGAAUUACGUUUUCAAAGCUCACAAGACACAAGAUCUUCUGAAUAUGCAGAUAGACGAUGCUUAACCAUGAAUUCUGCAUCUCACUUAUUUAAUAACAGCUUCCUUACUACGAUCCAGUAUCAAGGCAACCACAGAUUAAAAGAAGGUCCAUCUGAAAUCAGGGAUUUCAAAAUCCAAUCAGAUAAAAGACACACCAACAUGGAUAACACAUCCCAUUUUCCAGUAGAUCCAGUACCACCAGCAGCGAACAAGCAUCGGUAUAAGUUAAAUGUAUGCCCAGGUACAUCUGAUUUUACAAAGAAAGCAUUUCAAUCAACCAGAGGUCCAGCUGUGAACCGGAACUUGAAACCACAAAGUCUCUCUCUUCAAGUCAAAAGUUUCAUACCAAGUGAAAAGACAUUACAUACACAAAAAAGCAAAAUGAAAAUGAGCCAUAUGCAAGCCAGUGACAUUCAGCCCAAUUACUCCCAAGAGGAAAAUGAAAUCAGCCAAAUUCCCUCUACCAGAGCUUUCUGUACAGACAAGGAUGAAGUUCACUUCAAAAGAAAAUAUUACAAAUCUGCAUCAGCACAACUCCCAGAUGAUGAUGAACCCAAGGCAGUAGCUCUUAACCUGGACCCGACCAAGUGCAAAUGGUAUAUAAAAGAAUUUGACCGGGUGAAAGCAGAGCAUGUUUUAUUACAGGAAAAACAAGAUGGCACAUUUCUGGUAAGAGAUAACGGAACACGGACAUUUAACGAACCAUAUAUUUUAUCAGUGUAUUAUGGAUAUAAAGUAUACAACAUCAAGAUAAGGUACCUUGAAGACAGUGACCAGUAUGCUCUCGGAACAGGUCUAAGAGGAAAUUAUAAAUUUAAUUCCGUGAAGGAAAUGAUUGAAUUUCACAAGCAUAUACCCAUAAUACUUAUUGAUGGAAGAGGCCAGAAAGAUACACCACGACCACAGUGUUACCUAACACACCCACCCAGCGUGAACGGUCCAAUGUCUUCAUUAACACUUUAA